GGAAACAAGCCUGACAUUGCAGCCGCUGGUAACAUUCAUAAUUACCUUCUUGAUCUGCAUGGGAAAUGUGGACCUCUAGCCUCGUUUUGGUACGGCCCCAAGUACGUUGUCAGCAUUGCCUCUCCAGAGCUAUUCAUGGAACAUCACGUGCGCAUGGCAUCGAACCGGCCCCCUGACAUGAUGGAGAUGUUAGAAAUUCUGUUUGGGAGUAAUGCCAUCCAGUUUGCAAAGACCGAUGAUGCAAUCAGAAGACGAGAACUCUACGAUCACACCCUGAGUCAUGAGACGGUGACCCAUUUUUACCCAAACUUCAAUAAGGUGGCUCGUGAAACUGUGCAGGCGUUGUCCGCCAUUCCCGAGGGUACCCGCAUCCCGCUAGUCCAUCAUUGCAUUGACAUGAGCAUCAAGGGGAUUGUUCGCACCUGCUUCGGGAACUAUUUCGAAACCGAAGAAGACGUAGACCACCUCCGUGAAGUCUGUUCCGCGACCUGGCAUCUCUUAAAACCCUGGGUCAGAAAAUGAUCCAGCAUCGUCGAGACAACCCCUGCUUUCUUGAGUACCAAACUUUCAUUGAUGCUCUCCUUGAGGACGAACUGCCUGAGGAGCAGAUGCAUGAUGACUGCGUGGGCUAUCUGAUCGGUGGACUACAAACUGUAGGGAUCUUGACGUCUUGGGCACUAUACUUCUUGGCUAUUUCCCCUGACUGUCAGGAGAAACUUUACCUGAAUGUGAUCGAGGCAGUUGGGCAAGGCGACGUUGAGGAUAUGAAUCAUGAAGAUCUUCGAUACGUAGGUCAAGUGAUCAAGGAGACCCUUCGUCUAUCUGUGCUUUCUACGUACAUCUCUCGCUACCACGAUGACGAUUUUGAGCUUGCAGGCCACGUCCUAAAGGCUGGGACGACGACUGUUCAUGCCAUUGGAGUGGUCAUGGAGGAUCCAGUGCUUUGGCCGGACCCGAGCAAAUUUGACCCCGAGUGAUUCGACAUUGACCGCAUGACAGCCCGCCAGAAACACGCCUUCAAACCCUUCGGUUUCGCCGGGCAUCGAGCCUGUCCCGGCCAGCAUUUCGCCAAGCUGGAGGCCGCGGUGUUUCUUGCCGUUCUGUGCCGCGCGUUCAAGUUUCGCAUGGUGAAGGGACAGAGCGUAAAGAAAAACUACGGUCUGAUGACACGACCUGACGGCGAAGUUUGGGUCACUCUGGAAAAGAGAAAGUAGUCGGCACGAGGGAGAGUUAGCUGCUGGAAAAGCAACUGCGUUUUGCAUGAUCAGGAUUCACUAUUUAAACAACCAUUGUUUUGAAGAUUUGGGCAAAAAUAGGUCUAAGGCAUCUUCCCAGCUUGUUUCUAGAAAUAUAAUUUUUCAGCGAGAUAUGUAAAAAUGCAAGGGAUUAACCUUACAGUUUUCAUUAAAUUUGGCCGAAAAUUGACUUGUCUCCAAACAACUCAGAAAUGCCUUUCGAUGCAAGAUGAUCAUGAUUCAGUUUUUUUUUUGACACGUAGUGCCAACUUUAAUAUACUUCUGUUGAGAUAGAAAUUGGAGAUCAAUGAGCACGAGUCUGGACAUCAUCUGACACGUGGUGGCGCUGUUCGAUGGGGAUAAGGCACCGAUGUUGUCAUUUGUAGUUCUAACAAUAUUUGAACUGCUAAAAAUGCAAAAUAUUCAGAAAGCAUAUAAUAUUCACAAGGCAUGUGUUAUUGUUUGUAAAGAAGCAAGAUAUACUGAUACGUCUUGUUUAUAAACACAAGAAGUUAACAAGCUAGGAGUAUAUGAUGUGUGAGUCUUGUUUACAUUAGCCAAAUUCCAGAAGUAACAUCACUUAUUUAAUUUGUUAGAAUAUAAUAAAUUUAAUAAUUUGACAGGUUUUAACAGUUUGUAUACAAACACCAAAUCCAACAGGUAGAACCUACGUGGUUAUAUAUAUGUGGACAGUUGUCAGUCUGAAUGUUACAAUAAGUUUAAUAAUUAAAGCUAUACGUUUGAUUGAA